UAAGACAGCACACAACGUCUGUAGCCGUCGGAGCAGCCACAGCUCAAAAGAACAACACACCACUCAAAGUAGGGACUGAAACACAGAAAACCACUUAAAAAUGUCGUCAACACAAAUAUCGGAAAUGUCAAAAACCUAUCAGUACCGAAAGGUGAUGAAGCCCAUGCUGGAGCGCAAGCGUCGAGCGCGCAUCAACAAGUGCCUGGAUGAAUUAAAGGAUCUAAUGGUAGCCACUCUCGAGUCGGAAGGCGAACACGUCACACGCUUGGAAAAGGCCGACAUCCUGGAGCUAACAGUCACCCACCUACAGAAGAUGAAACAGAAACGCCAGCACAAGCGAGCCAGCGGUGAUGAGAGUCUCAGCCCGGCUGAGGGCUUUCGCUCUGGCUACAUCCAUGCCGUGAACGAGGUAUCCCGCUCACUGUCGCAUCUGCCCGGCAUGAAUGUCAGCCUGGGCACCCAACUGAUGACACAUCUGGGACAGCGACUCAAUCAACUGCAACCCGCUGUCAUGGAGGCGAUGCCCAUCACCGCGCCUCUCUCCGUGCAGAUUGCCAGUCAGGAUGCCUACUCCGUGCCUAUCUCUCCCGUGUCCAGCUUUGCCUGCAGCCCCAACUCCAGUGUGGCCAGCAGCGAACGUCUUAGCAGUGGCUCCCUACUCACCACUUGCUCCUCCAAAAUGGAAUUGGACACCGAGGAUGAGGAAAAUGUCUGGCGUCCGUGGUAGCACACAGGAACUAUGAAAGAAAGAGAGAGAGAGAGAGAGAGAGGAGAAAGAGAAUGCAAAGAACGAUUUAGAAAG